AUGUCGGCUCCUCUUGGGCCCCGAGGCGGCCCUGCUCCCCCUCCGCCUCCGCCGCCUCCGCCCGAGAUGCCCGACCUCAGCCACCUCACGGAGGAAGAGAGGAAGAUCAUCCAAGCCGUCAUGGACCGCCAGAAGAAGGAAGAAGAGAAGGAGCAGUCCGUGCUGAAGGGUAAAGAAGAACAAAAACAACCAGUGACACAGUGGUUUCCCUUUAGUGGGUUCACUGAGCUGGUAAAUAACGUUCUUCAGCCACAGCAAAAACAACAAAAUGAGAAGGAGCCCCAGACGAAACUACACCAACAGUUCGAAAUGUAUAAAGAACAGGUGAAGAAAAUGGGUGAAGAAUCACAGCAGCAGCAGCAGCAGCAACAGCAGCAGCAGCAGCAACAACAGAAAGGCGAUGCUCCAACCUGUGGCAUUUGUCACAAAACAAAAUUUGCUGAUGGCUGUGGCCAUAACUGUUCAUAUUGCCAAACUAAAUUUUGUGCACGUUGUGGAGGACGAGUGUCUUUACGUUCAAACAAGGUAAUGUGGGUGUGUAAUUCAUGUCGAAAACAACAAGAAAUCCUCACAAAAUCUGGAGCAUGGUUUUAUAGUGGAACUAACACCCCACAGAAGUCUGAUCAAGUGGGUUUUAGAGGACUGCAGAAUGAAAAAGCACCUCAGGACAAAAAAACAAAGCUGCAAGAACAGUCAGUCUUGGAACGAAGCAGAUCUCAAGGGAUUACAAGGCAAGGGUCCAUAAACGGAUCAGGAGGAAAGGUGGUGGGUGACACAGCAGACAGAAAAAGAAGCCCAUCAAUACCCAGGGAUCAAAACAGAAGUUUCAAUCAGCUGGAGGAGAAAGACGACUAUUUACAGUAUGCAACAUCAGAUGCUGCAAUGCCAAGAUCACCAUCAGAUUAUACAGACAGACAUUCACAACAUGGGUUGCAACCAUAUGAAGAACCUGAAAUUGAUGACUAUAGGGAUUCUAGCAGAAGAAACCACAGACGUUCAAGGGAAUAUCAGUUAGAGGAAGAUGACAUGCAAAAUAGAGGAGAAUAUGAAAGGCAGCGGAGGGAAGAAGAAUAUCAAGCACGAUACCGAAGUGAUCCUAAUUUGGCUCGUUAUCCUGUCAAACCCCAACCAUAUGAAGAGCAAAUGCGCAUUCAUGCUGAAGUCUCGCGUGCACGCCAUGAAAGAAGGCACAGUGAUGUGUCUUUGGCCAAUACUGAAUUGGAAGAUUCCCGGAUUUCGAUGAUGAGAAUGGACCGACCAUCAAGGCAAAGGUCUGUCUCUGAACGCAGAGCUGCCAUGGACCAACGUUCGUAUUCAAUGGAAAGGACUCAGGGACUAAGUCCCAAUAGGCAGAGAACCGCAAAUCACAGUCCUCCAACACCGAGGAGGAGUCCAAUACCUUUUGAUAGACCAGAUAUGAGGAGAACUGAUCCAUUAAGAAAACAGCAUCAUUUAGACCCAAGCUCAGCUGUACGGAAGACAAAACGUGAAAAAAUGGAAACCAUGUUAAGAAACGAUUCAUUGAGUUCAGAUCAGUCUGAAUCAGUUAGGCCUCCACCCCCAAAGCCUCAUAAAACAAAAAAAGGAGGUAAAAUGCGCCAGGUGUCAUUGAGCAGCUCUGAAGAAGAGUUGGCUUCCACACCAGAAUACACCAGCUGUGAUGAUGUAGAAAUUGAAAGUGAAAGUGUUAGUGAAAAAGGGGACAGUCAAAGGGGAAAAAGAAAAACUAGUGAACAGGCAGUUUUGUCGGACUCUAACAUCUUAUCUGAAAGACAAAAGAAAAUGGUGUGUUUUGGUGGCCAGUCUUUGGAAGAGGACUUGGAGUGGUCUGAACCUCAGAUUAAGGACUCUGGGGUAGACACUUGUAGUAGCACAACUCUAAAUGAGGAACAUAGCCAUAGUGAAAAGCAUCCUGUAACCUGGCAGCCAUCCAAAGAUGGAGAUGGCUUAAUUGGCCGAAUUUUGUUAAAUAAACGCCUAAAAGAUGGAAGCGUGCCUAGAGAUUCAGGAGCAAUGCUUGGACUUAAGGUGGUUGGAGGAAAGAUGACUGAAUCAGGCCGACUAUGUGCAUUUAUCACCAAAGUAAAAAAAGGAAGUUUAGCUGACACAGUUGGACAUCUUAGGCCAGGUGAUGAAGUAUUAGAAUGGAAUGGAAGGCUUUUGCAAGGAGCCACAUUUGAAGAAGUGUAUAACAUCAUUCUUGAAUCCAAACCAGAGCCACAAGUAGAACUUGUAGUUUCAAGGCCAAUUGGGGAUAUUCCCAGAAUACCUGACAGUACGCAUGCACAGUUGGAGUCGAGUUCUAGUUCAUUUGAAUCUCAGAAAAUGGAUCGGCCUUCCAUAUCAGUCACUUCUCCCAUGAGUCCUGGCAUGUUGAGAGAUGUUCCACAGUUUUUAUCUGGACAACUUUCAAGCCAAAGCCUUAGUAGAAGAACAGCGCCUUUUGUUCCUAGGGUUCAGAUAAAGUUGUGGUAUGACAAAGUUGGCCAUCAAUUAAUAGUCACAAUAUUGGGAGCAAAAGAUCUUCCUUCAAGAGAAGAUGGGAGACCAAGGAAUCCCUAUGUUAAGAUUUACUUUCUUCCUGACAGAAGUGAUAAAAAUAAAAGAAGAACAAAAACAGUAAAAAAAACAUUGGAGCCCAAGUGGAAUCAAACAUUUAUUUAUUCUCCAGUUCAUCGGAGAGAAUUUCGAGAGCGAAUGUUGGAAAUUACUCUUUGGGACCAAGCUCGUGUUCGUGAGGAAGAAAGUGAAUUUUUAGGAGAGAUUCUUAUUGAAUUAGAGACAGCAUUACUGGAUGAUGAGCCUCAUUGGUACAAACUCCAGACUCAUGAUAUGUCCUCAUUGCCACUUCCCCAUCCUUCCCCAUAUUUGCCACGUCGACAACUUCAUGGGGAUAGCCCUACACGAAGGUUGCAAAAUAAAGGCUCAUAUUCAUAUAAUCCAGGAUCCAAAAGAAUAAGUGAUAGUGAAAUCUCGGAUUAUGAUUGUGAUGAUGGAAUAGGAGUAGUGUCAGAUUACAGACAUAAUGGAAGAGAUCUUCAAAGUUCAACAUUAUCAGUGCCAGAACAAGUGAUGUCAUCCAAUCAUUGCUCUCGAUCAGGCUCUCCUCACCGUGGUGACAGUAUAGGAAGAACUAGAUCCUGGUCUCCCAGUGUUCCUCCAUUACAAAGGAGGAGUAGGAAGGAGGGAAGAGAGCCUAAUACAUAUGUUGAUGACACGUUUAUUUCCCCUGCUCUCGAAAGGUAUUACAAUGGUGCAAGUUCAUGGGCAGAUCAUGUAGUCAAUGGUACAGCUGAAAAUCACAGAAGUGAAACAAUGGAUAUAUUGGCAGAUCAAGCUUUCCAUUCAGAAAAUGUGCAUAUAGAUUCAGAGGAAAAUAUGAGGAAUUGGGAACCUAGACUACCAUAUCAAAGAUCCAGAUCAACAGAACAACGUCCAGUGCUAGAGCGGCCCAGCCCCCGCUCCCGAUCCACUGAGCGUCCUGAGUCAAACCUCAUGAGAUCGAUGCCUUCAUUAAUGACUGGAAGAUCUGCCCCUCCCUCACCUGCAUUAUCGAGGUCACAUGCUCAUUCGGGGUCAGUCCAAACAAGCCCAUCAAGUACUCCAGUGGCAGGACGCAGGGGUAGACAGUUGCCACAACUCCCACCAAAAGGGACCCUGGAGAGAAGUACUCUGGAUAUUGAAGAGAGAAAUCGUCAAAUGAAAAUGAACAAAUACAAACAUGUAGCAGGAUCAGAUUCGAGGCUGGAACAAGAUUAUCAUUCUCAGUAUCGUCCUCAACGAGGCUCUGAUAAUGUCUCCAACAAGUCUUCAGACAGUGAUGUCAGCGAUGUAUCAGCAGUCUCGAGAACCAGUAGUGCAUCCCGUUUUAGCAGCACUAGUUAUAUGUCUGUGCAAUCAGAAAGGCCAAGAGGAAACAAGAAAAUUAGAUCACAUGAGGAAAGAAAAGAGGGAUGGGAGGAAGGGGAUGGGGAAGUAUUCCUUGAGAAAGAAGAGGAGGAUCAGGAACUGGAGAAAAAAUUGGAUGAACAAGAUGAUGAAAAAGGGGAAGGGGAGGAGGUGACAAAGAAUGGUGAUGAGGAAGAUAAAGAAGCAGAAGAGGAUGAAGGGGCCCAAGAGGAGAUAACUGAGGAAGGAACAGAAACAAGCAAUAAAGAGGAAUUGCAAAGGAGGUACUCACAGGAUGAUCUCAGUGUUUUCACAUCUAAAAUGCAAAGCAGACAGAUUGGCGCUUCAGGACAGAACAUAACUAAAAGCACCAGCAUCAGUGGGGAGAUGUAUACCCUAGAGAAGAACGAUGGCAGCCAAUCUGAUACAGCAGUGGGCACUGUGGGUGCAGGUGGCAAAAAACGGCGAUCCAGUAUUGGUGCUAAAAUGGUAGCUAUCGUGGGACUUUCACGGAAAAGCAGGAGCACCUCACAACUCAGCCAAACUGAAGCAGGUGGUAAAAAAUUGAAGAGUACAGUACAAAGAAGCACAGAAACUGGGUUGGCUGUGGAGAUGAGAAAUUGGAUGACACGUCAGGCCAGCAGGGAGUCUACAGAUGGCAGCAUGAACAGUUAUAGCUCAGAGGGAAAUUUGAUCUUUCCUGGUGUGCGGUUGGCAGCAGAUAGCCAAUUCAGUGAUUUCCUGGAUGGACUUGGCCCUGCACAGCUUGUUGGACGCCAGACCCUAGCUACUCCAGCAAUGGGUGAUAUCCAAGUUGGAAUGAUGGACAAAAAGGGACAAUUGGAGGUAGAAAUAAUAAGAGCACGAGGCCUUGUUGUAAAACCAGGUUCAAAGACACUGCCAGCACCCUAUGUAAAGGUGUAUCUAUUAGAAAAUGGAGUCUGUAUAGCCAAAAAGAAAACAAAAGUGGCAAGAAAAACCCUGGAACCACUUUACCAGCAGCUGUUGUCAUUUGAAGAGAACCCUCAAGGGAAAGUUUUACAGAUUAUUGUAUGGGGAGACUAUGGGCGUAUGGAUCAUAAAUCCUUUAUGGGAGUGGCACAGAUACUUUUAGAAGAACUGGACCUGUCCAAUAUGGUGAUUGGCUGGUUUAAACUAUUUCCUCCUUCGUCCCUAGUAGAUCCAACUUUGGCCCCUCUUACAAGAAGGCCUUCCCAAUCAUCUCUCGAAAGUUCAACAGGACCGUCGUACGCUCGCUCAUAGCAGCUGUGAACUUUAUCAUAGCAACCAGCGUUACAAAAAAAAAAAAUUAACAGGUCGCAAGCUCUGGUAACACUGCAUGCUUAAUGUUGCGUCUUUGGAGCCUGUUUCUAGGGCUAGAAAGCGAUCCUGUAUUCUCAGAGGAAGUUGCACACAUUGUGCUCUAAAGGAAGUCCUCAGGUGAAGGAGUGGAACUGGAAGAACUGAAUGGUUUGGAGUUCAGUAACACUCAACUUUUAAUCCAAUUUGAAGCCAUGGAUUAAACUAAAGAAUCAAGUUGUCUCAUACAACAAGAAUCCCUUCAAUGGCACGUCUAUUUUCUUGUUCCCUUUUCUUUACUGGCCCUUUCCUGCCCGCACCCACCCAAGCCUGGUUAUGCCACAGAUAUAUGGAACUACCCAAAGAAGUCGUGCUAGAAGAAAAAAAGAAAAGUGAGCUGUCAUUGCAUUCAUUAACAGCAGAGGAAACUUGCCUUAUCAGAAAGCUUGAAGACUUAGAGUGGCAGGCUUUGUAACUCCGGCUACUAAUCAAAUCCAGCGUGGACUAAUUGAAAAGUAAAAUCCUGUGGCUAUAC